AGAGAGAGAGAGGGAUCGAUCAAAAUCUUUGUAUAUAUCUGCUUAUGUUAUUAGGGUUCAGACCCAUAACAAAGUAUCUUUUCUCUUUGGGUUUUCUCUUAAUUACACUUCUAAUAUAUAACUCCUCUUUGAUGAGACUUUCUUUCUCUGGGGCUCUUUCAUACAGCUGAAUUUUUUUGAGCCAAGUCAACUGAGAAAAGAGAAACCUUGCUUUUUGACAUGUUAGAGAAGAUGGCUGAAGAAGCAAUCUCAAGUAAUGAUUUUGUUCAAAACCCGGUUGGUGGAUCUAAUCCUCCUGCUGUUAAGAAGAAGAGAAACCUCCCGGGAACCCCAGAUCCUGAAGCCGAAGUCGUAGCCUUGUCACCAAAAACUCUCAUGGCCACCAACAGAUUCUUGUGUGAAAUAUGUGGCAAAGGCUUCCAAAGAGAUCAGAAUCUACAACUUCAUCGCCGUGGACACAACCUUCCGUGGAAGCUAAAGCAGAGGACUACUAAAGAAGCAAGAAAACGAGUCUACGUCUGCCCAGAAAAGACUUGUGUCCAUCACCACCCUUCUAGGGCUCUUGGAGACCUAACUGGUAUAAAGAAGCACUUCUGCAGAAAACAUGGGGAGAAGAAAUGGAAGUGCGAGAAGUGUUCAAAGAGAUAUGCUGUACAAUCUGAUUGGAAAGCACACUCAAAAACCUGUGGCACUAGGGAGUACAAAUGCGAUUGUGGAACUCUAUUUUCUCGGAGAGAUAGCUUCAUCACUCACAGGGCAUUUUGCGAUGCCUUAGCUGAAGAAACAGCAAGAGUAAAUGCAGCAGCUAGCAUAAACAGCUUAGCUGCAGCUGCCACAAGCUUCAACUAUCAUCAUCUUAUGGGAACCCCAACAAGGCCUAACAUGGAACCGCAUUUCUCGUCUAUUUUCAAGCCAAUCUCAAGCAAUGACCUGACAAUAGACCAAACAAGAAGGGGACUCUCCUUGUGGGUGAGCCAAGGACCCCCAGUUGAUCAUCAUGAAGUAAUAGGCAACAAUAGUAUCCAAGAGAUUCACCAACUUGGGUCUAUGGGUUCAUCAGGAGGAAUAUUUUGUAACCCUCUUGUUUCAUCCUCAAAUCCUUCACCAUCUCAUCUUGUUUCAUCCUCAAAUCCUUCACCAUCUCACCAUUAUCAGUUAAACUGGCCGCUUUUUGGAAAUAAGCUUUCUUCAAGUAAUGCUCAUGAAGAGUUAACAAGCACUAAUACACUUCCAUUAAACAACGUUAAAGAAGCUACAGCAGUUCAACUAGUAAGUGUUCCUUCCUUAUAUAGCACCCAACAACAGUCGUACCAAACCACUUCAGCAGCAAAUAUGUCAGCCACAGCAUUACUUCUAAAAGCAGCUCAAAUUGGUGCAACUUCAACUGACCCAUCAUUUCUUGGGAGUUUUGGGUUAAAGUGCAGUAGUAAUAACAGUCAAUUUCAUCACGAAGAAAACAAGUUCUGCGGAUUAUUAGGUUCAAACCCAAUAAGCACCUGCACUACAAAUCUCCCAAGUGAAGUGGAAAACUCAUCAGGGAAUGAUAUUUCCAGCUUGAAUGAGCUGCAAACGUACCCAACAACCAAACGCCAGAAAACACGGAGCGACCAUCAAGAUGCUACAGGAGGGCAAACUAGAGACUUUCUUGGGGUUGGUGUACAACAAGCCAUAUGCCACCCAUCAUCAAUCAAUGGAUGGAUUUGAUUCUGAUAUGUUACAGUAAUUGCAAGUGUCGCGUGUUUUCGGUCUCAAUAGAAAUUAAUUUUAGUAAUAAUGAUAUGGAGGUCAUUUUAGUAUUGGGAAACUUUGCAGGAAGGAAAAGGAGGGCAUUGAGUGGCAUGAUGGGGGCUAAAAGUUAUGGUUAGAUAACCAUUGAAGAGGUGAAGGAAUUAGAGAUCCAUGCAUAUUCCUGUUGAGACCGGAAAGCUGAUACCUUUAAAAAUUGUGGCUUUUUUGUUUUUUGAUAAAAGGGGAAGGGAGUAGUGGGGGCAAAGUAUGAGUGCCUUUUAAGCUCCAUUAUUGCAUUUGUUUCAUCUCUCUUUUGUGGUUGUUAUCUUGUCGAACUAGGACUUGAAAGAAAGAAAGAAAGAAAGAGAGAAUAGUAUUCAUAUUUCCUAGUGGCAAUAAGCAUCAUAUAUAGACUUAGCCCUAUUAAUUGUUUAAAAUAAACUAAUUAUGUAGCUUUCUUUUCUUCCAAUAUUACCAAACCAUGAAUAACUGUAUUAUGAGAACAUUAGCUAUCA